UCUUCGAUGAUCGCUUCAUCAGAGCUUCGAUUCACGAAACUAAUAGUUAUGUCCGUUCUUCGCAAAUCACACUUUAAUCUCACUUUCCUUCGCCAUUAUCACAAACAGAGACCUCACAAGCCCACCAAAGCUCUCCUUCGCAAACCGAUACCUUUCGUUACUGACCUCAAAGACAUUCAAAACCCAGAUGAAGCUCUCACCCUCUUCCGUGAUUACUGCGAGACUGGCGGUUUUAAACACGAUUACCCUUCUUACUCUUCCCUCAUCUACAAGCUUGCUCGUAAAAGAAACUUCGAAGCAGUCGAAAUCCUUCUUCAAGACCUCCACCACUACAACGUCAGAUGUAAAGAAGCUCUGUUCAUUGGGUUGAUUGAGCAUUACGGAAAGUCUGGUUUGCCUGACAAAGCCAUCGAGUUGUUUCGGAGAAUGCCGUCGUUUGACUGCUACCGUUCAUUGCAGUCGUUGAAUGCAAUUCUCAAUGUUUUGCUUCAGAGUGGGAGGUUUGAUGAUGCGGAGGAGAUGUUCAAGUGUUGCUCGAAAAUGGGGUUUCGACCAAAUGCUGUGUCAUUCAAUAUCAUGAUGAAGGGGUGGUUACAGAGGGGCGAGUGGGAUGAAGCCCGUAAGGUGUUCGAUGAAAUGCUUGAGAGAGAAAUCGAACCUACUGUCGUAACUUACAAUUGUCAAAUAGGAUUUUGGAGUAAAAAAGGCAAGUUUGCCGAGGCUAAGAGCUUGUUUGACGAGAUGAUCCGCAAAGGGCAAAAACCAAAUGCGAUAUCGUACGCCAUAUUGAUGGAAGGAUUGUGUUCACAAGAUAAGUUCAAAGAAGCCAAAAAGAUGAUGUUCGACAUGGAAUACCAAGGUUGUAAACCGCAGCUUACCAAUUACGGCAUUUUAAUGAACGAUCUUGCUAAAAGGGGAAACUUUGAUGAAGCUAAAAGUUUGCUUCUUGAAAUGAAGAAGAGGCGAAUUAAGCCAGAUGUUGUAAUGUAUAACAUAUUAAUCAAUUAUCUCUGCAAAGAACAAAGAGUUGGAGAAUCCUACAAGAUCUUGGUUGAGAUGCAGGUCAACGGUUUCGAUCCAAAUGCAGCCACAUAUAGAAUGAUAGUUGACGGUUUUUGCAGAAAUGGAGAAUUCGAAGAGGGUUUGAAGGUUCUAAAUGCAAUGCUGAUAAGUAGGCAUUGUGCACGAUUGGAAACAUUUUGUUGCUUGAUUAUCGGGUUGGUUAACAACGGGAAGAUGGAUGAUGCUUACUUUGUUAUGGAGGAGAUGGUGAGAAGGCGAAUGAGCCCAAAUUUGGAGUCCUGGGAAGCAAUGGUCACGAGCACUUGUGGCAGGGAUGGAAACGGCUGUUUGCUUGUGGCGGAAUUGGUCUCGUCAAGUGGAUAGGUCCAAUGUUGAUCAUUGAUCCAGCAUUCAAACUCAUCUCAUUCCUCCAUAGCCACUUCAC